AUGGAUUCCGAUGAUGAAGAAUUCAACCCUCUCAACGAUUUCAAAUAUACCAAGGAUGCAAAAGUAGGUGAAGGUACUUACGCUGUUGUCUACAGAGGGACAUGCGUACAAAGCGGCCGAAGAGUUGCUAUCAAAAAGAUUAAAAUGGGUCAAUUUAAGGAUGGACUCGAUUUAACAGCUAUCAGAGAAGUCAAGUAUCUGCAGGAGUUACGACAUCCUAACAUCAUAGAAUUGAUCGAUGUGUUUUCUCAAAAGACGAAUCUGAAUCUCGUACUAGAAUAUUUGGACACUGACUUGGAACAAGUCAUUAAAGACAAAAGCCUUUUGUUUAUGCCAGCAGAUAUCAAAUCGUGGAUGAUGAUGAUGCUCAGAGGAUUAGACCAUUGCCACCGUCAUUUCAUCCUACACAGAGAUAUGAAACCGAAUAACUUGCUGAUAACAAAAGAAGGACAAUUGAAAAUUGCAGAUUUUGGUCUGGCUCGAGACUGGGGAGAUCCCAACAGACAAAUGACUUCAGAAGUAGUAACAAGAUGGUACCGUUCCCCAGAAUUGUUAUUAGGCGCGAAAGAAUACUCAUAUGCCGUGGAUAUUUGGGCAGUUGGAUGCAUUUUUGCAGAACUUAUGUUAAGAACACCGUACGUUGCCGGUGAAUCAGAUAUGGAUCAACUUACGAAAAUAUUCCAUGCCUUAGGCACACCUACUGAACAUGAGUGGCCAGGCCUAUCGACUUUGCCCGGUUACGUUCCUUUCAAACACUUCCCUAAAGUACCUCUGCGACAAUAUUUCACAGCUGCAGGCGCUGACGCUUUAAGUCUACUCGAGCAGAUGUUGGUAUUCGAUCCAAAUAAGCGCUGGACAGCAGAGGAGUGCUUGGGCCAUUCUUAUUUUAGAAAUGCGCCGUUGCCUACGACGCCAGAAAAGUUGCCCAAACCAAAAAUUGUCAUGGAAACGGAGACUCCACCCAAUGAUAUCAGCAACCCUAAUACAUUGAAACGGAAAUUACCUCCUUCUACAUCAACAGUUAGUAGCAAUAGUAAUCGAACUGAGGACGUUCCCAAUAAGAAACAAGCUACUUGA